ACUGCAAAGUCACAUUACCAUCAUUACAAUAUCUUCAAUCCUCCAAUUAUCACCAUCCCUCCUCUUCGGUUUUUAAUUUCAACUUCCUAGACCAAACCAAGCCAAACAUCAUAAUGAAGUCUACUAUCUUCUCCUCCGCUAUGGCUAUCUUCGCUACCUUUGCCGCUGCCCUUCCGGCCGCUGCCCCGGUAGAGCCCGCCGUGGGGAACCUCGCCCCCCGCGAUCACGUCAAGCAAGUGAUCAACUCCAGUGCAGUGGUCAACAUCAACGAGGACACCCCCAACGCCGCCCUCGGCAUUAGCGUCACAGGAAUCGUCUCUCGCACCAACAACGGGCACAACUCCCAAGCCCUCGUCAAGUUUGAUUUCCCCCAAGGACUUGGAGGGUAUAAGUGUCGAUUGGCAUUCGGCCCCCCGGCCCGCUUCAGCGGUACCGGGGAGAUCCAAGUGUACACCAUCGGGGAUGCAAACAUCGCGAGCGCCACCUUCAAUCAGAGACCUUUCAGGGAUCAGUUUAAGGGCACUUUCCGUGUUACCGGAUGGGGUGAAGCUGAGGUUGUUGAUGGUUCCGGAUUGACUUUUGAUUGCCCGACUCAGGGGGCUAAGGCAUAUGAGGUUGUCUCUGUUGGGGAUAACAAUGAGGUUGUUUGGUAUGCGGCUUCGGGUGGAUUGAGAGUUGAUGUUUUGUAGGUGUGGAGUGGUUGUUGGAUGAGCUUUUGUUUGCACUGUAUUCCCACUCUUCUCUUCUCAUUUAAUUCUAUAUCCUUUCUUUUAAGCAUUGCAUUGCAUAGUAGAAGUGGGGUUGGGUUUGCAUUUUGUUCCGAGGAUUGGAAUAUGGGGUUACAAAAUUUUGUUGUCAUUUAAUUGUGCGAGUAUUUCUUGUAUUAGAUUAACCACCGUAGAGAUAUGUGGGGGGAUAUUUACACUUUAAACUUGAG